UGAAAAUAAAUAUUAAAAAAAUUAGAGUACUGCAAAGAUAGUGCAAAACACCAAAAACAUUGCAAGGCAAUCCACAAUUUAAAUAUACUUGAACUGCUAAGCCAUUCUGUGACAGUCUUAAACAACUCACAGGACAGCCUAUACAACAAAUUAUUCUUUGUUACAAACUAUCUGCAUGACACAUGGUAGCCCAGUAGGAGAAUUGGGCAGCUUCUCACCUGGGGUGUAAGUAGAGUUCUGAAUAGACAGAGCUGUAGCUCUGACCACCAAGUUCAUAAUUUCUGAUGUAAACUGUCUCUGGCACUUGACCAGACUAGCACUCCACACCAAAAGCAAGUGCAAAACAAAAACCUCAACUCCUUGCAGAGAGCUGAUGCUCACAAAAUCAGGGAAAAUAUUACUGAAAGCAACACAGGAGUUUAUAGGUAUAUACAGUUAAAAUAAAAGGAACGGUAUACAGUUUACAAAAAAUAUCAUUGCAAGCAAGUAGCAAAGACUUGUGUGUUGAGAUGAAAAAGUAUCCAGAAGAAAAAACCCAACUUGGUAUUACAACAGAUACAGAAGAGAACAAGGCUCUUACAGGGGAAUAUUUAGACAGGUGUCACAAUUCAGAUCUCAUGUGAUCAAUAUAACGACAGGGAAUAAAGAAUGAAGAGGAGGAAAAUAAGACCAAAGCAAAACAAAAAGCUCUGUAAAAUCUAGAAGACAGUGACUCAGUUGAUGUUGCAUUUUUCACUGCUUUGUUGUCCUAUAAUGCUGUGUAAAUCCUACCUCCACCAUCAACAAUCUCAAAGCAUUUAGUGAUCAACCCUGUCUGAUCAUAACUGAGAUACACAAAGCAAAAAUCUUUAGGUGAAUUACCUACUGUGACCAGUAGCUGAGUCAAGAACAAAAACAGUUCUUUGAGUAACUGAAUUUCUAAAGUGGAGCAGAGUGGCAGAAUCAAUUUCCUAACUCCUGUGAAAAGUUUAAGCAAGAGGAGGUAACCUGUUAGAAAUAAAUGGAUCAAGCCCAACUAUACUUACUCAUUUAAAAACGACAACAAUGAUUAUUAGGUCUACCUUUGCUAAUGUCUUUCAUUCUAGUAUGUUUUACUUAACAUAUGACUUAAAAUAUCGAUUUUAAAAUAUUCCAGCAAACAAGAAUACAUUACUUUUACUAAGCAACAUUUCACAAUGUUAUAAUUAAGACAGGCCAUAGACAAAAAGCAUUUGUUUCCUGGAUCUUUGGCUUAUUUCUUCUUUUCUGCAAUUUUUUACAAAUAUUCUUCUUCCUCUUUAAGGAGCAAGAACAUCUUUCACAUAGUAAUAAAAACUGAAAAGCAAAUUUUAAUGGAACUUUUCUUAGUGCAGCCAUCCUUAAAAAAAACAGUAUGCAGCAUCUCCACUCACAUCACCAGUAAUGCCAUUUCUUAGUAUUGCUGAGAAUACCCUGUGUGAACUCAAGACGAAUAAAGCAGCCCCCAAUCAAACCAACACUGCAUUAGAAUAUUUUGUAACACAGCCGUCUCAUCAGUAGUUCACUUCUACUUCCCACAAGAAUAUCAACGCACUCCAAAUCUUUUGAACCGCUAGACAAACACCUCAACAGGGCCAAAGCAACCCUCUGGUAUACCAAAACUUCCAAGAAACUUUAAAAAGUCAUUAAAAGACAGAUCUCAACCUGAAAGUUUGGUGGAAGCGCCAGAUAUCAUUUUCUCAUUUCGCUUUGUAAUUUUUCAUUUAUUAUACUCGGUACUGUUACACAGUAGGAGUGUCCAUAACAUAAAGAGAUCAGUGCCCUCCAUUUCCAUACUUGCUUCCUUAUUUGCUUAAAAUUUCACGAAAUUCAAUCACACAAGUUGAGUUUGUUGCAGACGACUUAGUAUAUGAAGUGAAAACAUCUGCAAUCUAAAGGCACAAUGCUGCUCAACCACCUUUACUGUCCAAAAACAGAAAAAAGGCAUAGCUCUGUGGCUCUCUUUAUAUGAGAAGUAAAGCACCGUCAAAAAAAAAACAACCCUUUCUCCCUGAAAACGCAUGUUCCUGUAAAAUGCUUGUUAGUCCUUACGAAACAUGGUGACGUUCAAACUUCUGGUACGUCUGUCACUGCAAGAUCAACGUAACGCUGCUUUAUUAAGCGAUCGAGAAGCCUAAACUGCCCGAGAUGUGUUUCAAAGGGCGACAGCCGAUGUGCGCCGGGAGUCUUUGGCGCCACAAGUGCCCGCGGUGCCCGGGAUGCGCGGGAGCAGCCGGCAGGGCCAAGGCGGAACGGCCCGCGGCCAGACCCAAACUUUCCCGGCUGCGGCGCUGCCGCGGUGAGCGCUCAGCUGCCGCGCCGCCCUCGGGAAGACGCCGAGGGACUUUUGGGAAGGAGGACGGCCCUGAGCAGCCAGUCCCAGACCCGCGCUCAAAGUUCGGCCCAGGGCGCGGGAGGCCGCCCGCCGCCGCCCGGCUCCCCCAGCGGGCGAGAGAUGGCAUUGCCAGACUCAAUUACUACUUGCCUUUCUCAACCUGUGCAUUAUGCGAUUUGCAAACUUGGAUUUGAGAAGAAAGACACCUAUGAUAUUAAUAAUAUUUUAUCUGGAAAUGGGGAAGUUUGUUGGCAAGCUGUUACAGAGCAUGUGUGUUACCUUGAAUCAGAUCAAAGCGUGGAUUAUAUCAAAAGCAUAAGAUCGUUAGGACCUGUCUGUGAAUCUGUUAAUUUGUACUUCAAAUAUCUGACCAAGGAGCAGUUUGUAAUUCAGUAUGCAUCGUGGUUCCACUGGACAAACUGCACAGAGGUAUUUCUGGAAGUGUUUGAUGUUUUACAACAUACACAAGCUACAGAAGUUGCUCUUGCCCUAAUGAAACUAACAUCAUGCUUGGAGCGAGCCUUGGGUGACGUGUAUUUACUUAAGGGUAAUGAUUGUCCUUUCCUUCUAAGAGACUUGCUUGCAUCUGAGCAGCUUGCAGAUGUCUUUGGACAAGCUGUAAUGGAUGUACUGAGGGUAUUCAUUGGAUCUCCACAUGGUCUGAACCUUCGAAAUGUUUUGUGGCAUGGAUUUGCAUCACCACAAGAAAUUCCUGCCAAAUACUGUGCUAUGCUGCUCUUUUUAACUGCUGGAUUGGGUCAGUUGUUACAGACUUAUCUUCUACAAACUAAAGGUGUUUUAAUACAUCGACCAUAUGUGACCUUCAUUAACUUAGAGGAGCUUGAUGCAUUUCCAGAUCUUAAUUGUGAAAUACUUUCCAUAGCUGAAGAACUUAUAAAACUGUCCAGUUUUGUAUUAAAAAUGAUGUUACCAUUUUGGAUCACUGCUUUAACAGCUUUCAAGGAAAACAAGUAUGCUGACAGUGUGAUUCUCUUACUUCCUCAGCUGGAAGCUGGACUUAGAUUGCUCUUCACUACAACUAAUAAAUGUCCAAAUCGAUUGCUAACAGCAGAGUCUUCUGCUCUCUACACCACUUUUGAUGAGAUGCUAGCAAAGCAUUUGGAUAAUGAAGAAGUCAACCAGCUACCUGUAGUUCUUGAAGAGCCUGCCAUGGACUUCCUUUGGGAUUUCUUGAACCACCAGGAGGGCCCACGUAUAAGAGAUCGUUUAAGCCAUGGAGAGAUCAAUCUAGAAACGUUUCCCAGAGAAAUAGCUAACCAGAUAGUUGGAUUUGCUAUUACUGUUCUCUGCAGAUACUCAGAUGAGGCUAUGUUUUUUCUUAAGGAACACAUGGUCAUAAAACCACUGAUGAACUGUGCAAGUUGCUACCAAUCUCGAUUUCAUCCAAUUUCCCGACUCAAGAAACAGGUGCUGAAAUGUAUGAAGGGCAUCCAUUUAUGGCCUGAAUUGGCAACACUGCCUGAGGAACAAGAACAAAAAAUUAAAGGGUUGGAAGGAAAUGCUGAAGCUAAUACUUUAAUUUUGAUGAUAUCUGAAAUUAUAUCUCAGUUGCAGCAUUACAUGCCCCAGAAUUGCUAUAGUUCAGAUGAUCCUAUCAAUGGUGUCCUAACAGAGAGGCUGCUGGUGAAACUUUGUGAUACACGUAUUUGCACGCUGUAUUCCCCACGACCUGUCCUGGAAGUAGUGGUGGUACUCCGCAAAAUAAGCGCGCAGUGCCAUCAAGUGUCCCAACAGGUUAUUGCCGGCGCUGGGCUGCGACACACGCAGUGGCUUAACAAGACUCUGCGCUCUCGCCAGAGGCACAACUAUCGGCGGAUGCGGAACAGCAUUAAAUUUUUGUCUCCAGUGUUGCGGCUCAUCUUACUAUUGAUUACUCUGGAGCUAGUCAGUAUUCAUUCAGUUUGUAAGAAGAAUCCUUUUGAUUAUCAGCAGUAUCUAAAGUUUUUGAAGUCAGUCUUGCAGUACACUGAGAACUUGGUGACAUACACAAGCCCUGACAAAAACAAAUGGGAUGAAACCAUGGAACUUACAAAGAAGACUUUGAUUAAAAUAAGGAAAAUCAGUGACAGAAAGCUAAUGUUAAUGCAUCUAGCUACAUGAAUGGAAUGGACUUAUGAUUGUCUGGACACUGUUCUAUGUAAACAGUUACAGAGAUUUAUCAUAGAUAAAUCUAAUUCAUUCAAUGUUAGAUUUAUCAUAUUUGAUAAAUCUAAUUCAAAGACAAAUUUCAUAAGUAAUUUUCAAAUUUUGGAUGCAAAAUUUACUCUUUUUAUCAGAAAGUAGCCGCUGAUACUGGAGAUGAAUGAUCAAGGUUCCAAAGAACAGGUUGUUUGUCAAAUCCACUGAAAAAGAUUUACUGUGAACUAAAUCAAGAUGAUACAUGUUCUACUGUAAAUAUAUCUUGUGUUUUGAACAAUGAUUUUUUAAAUUUUUUGUUUUGUUUUGUUGUUUUUUGGGGUUUGCUUUUUUGUUGUUGUUGUUUCAUAGUGUACUGAAAAAGAAAAGUGUGAAUAAAAGCUCUGGAAAUUUUUUAAUCCGAAAAGUAAUUUUUUACUUUGGAAUACAUCAGAUACUAUGUCAGAGACUGUGAUCGACAGGUUAAGAAAUUAUGAACUUUCAUCAUAAAAUAGUGCUUCUUGGUACCUGUGGUUGUUAUUAGUUGUAAACAGUCUGAUCUUGCUCUGAACUCUGAGGCAGAGCUGGUAACAAAGUAACGAGUUGUUUAUAGAUGAGGAUUUAAAGGAACAGGAUGGAUACUUCUGCAGUGGGAUACUUCUGCAGGGUGUGUGUUUGUUUUGUUAAAUUCAAUCUUCUCAUUCCAAAGCAUAUUUAGUUAGUUAAUUUCAUACAGAAUGAAUGUGAACACGCACAUGCAUAUGCUCACAGACACUUAUUCACUGUGGUUUAGAAAGUUAUCCUCUUCCUGUGCACAAUAUUAAUUUGAAUAUUUUAGUUUUUCAAAAUAAAUUCUCCCCCCUUUUUAUCACCAAAGAGUAGAACUUCAAAGGAGUGCAUAGGUUGAAGAACAGAUUCACAGAAGACCACCAGUGUCUCUCCAUUUGCUUUCUCCUAUGGAGAGU